CCGACCUACAUACUUUUCAUUUGCGAGGGUAAGGUAUGGAGCGUGUACUCAGAAGGUCCUGUUUCGCCGUCUUGCAGCCAGUCUUUAUUGCACAGAUACCAACACACGUCACGAAGUAGAAGCACAAGACUUUACGUGCAUCAACUGCCACCGAGUACGGAUAUUUCAUAACUUCCCAACUUCGCCAUGACGGAUCAAGAAACCCCAAGCUUGGCCCCGGGCCAGACCCAACCAUCAAAAACCCCUCAACAAACAACACCGCCCCUCGUCCACAAAGCAGCCAUAGCCGGCGCCAUCAUCUCUCCGCUCGUCAUGCUUCUACCUCCGCGACGCAUGGACUGGCGCUUCCUCAUACUCGCCGCGACAUUCUCCAUGUCGACCUCCCAGCUAGCGUACGACUACACAGGCCGCUCCAUCUACGACCGGGUGGGCGACCGCGCCCAACAAAUAUUCAACUCCGAUCUGCCCGAGCACGCGAAAGAGGCCCAGCGUCGACUCCGCCAGGAGCGCAUGGCCCGCGAAGGCCUGAUGGAGGCCGACAUGCGGCGCAUUGAACUGGAGAAGCGGGGCAGGCUAGAGAAGCUUUGGUACGGCGACGAGACGCAGGAGGAGUGGAACCGAAGGAGGGCAGAAGACCAUAAGAAGGCUCUGGAGGAAGGGAAGGGACUCUGGGGGAUCAUCGUUGACCAGGUGGUGGAGGUUAUGCCUGGUGGUGGGAACCCUGAGGAACCUGGACAGGAAAAGCCUGCAAAGAACAAGGAGGAGGAUAAGAAAGAUAACAAACGGCCAUGAUGGGACAUGUUUGCUCAGGUGGCGAGGCGGGAAGGCAUCCGCGGAUUGCGGAUAUGCUGUGUAAUAUAUGUAUCAAGAUGAUCUAAAACCCACGGUCGGAAUAUGUAUCUCCAGAGGUCUCCCGGGCGCAAUGGUUGCAAUUUGCGCAUUAUUAAGAGAGAGCAACUGGUUACCAUGAUUUCUAUACCAAGUAUUGCAACAGGGGCAUGUGCAGCAAAAUGCAGAUGCUUUGACACCGUUGCGCUUGUCCGAAUUGGCAACGAUGGGUAGCAACUAUUUCACUCGCCUUCAACGAUUUUUGUUGGACUUGAACCG